AUGAAAAUUCGUACAAGAUUGAAAAUGAUUUUAAUGAUUUAUUUUAUUUUUACUAUCAAAUCUAUUGAUACUAGUACUCAAGUAUGUAAUGGUCCAUUAGGUAUGAUUAGUGGUGAAAUACGUGAUUGGCAAAUAACAGCAUCAUCAACACUUUGGGAUACUGAUUGUCAUGAAAAAAAUGCUCGAUUAUAUCAACCAUCAGAUCGUGCAUGGUGUGCACGACAUAAAUCCGAUUCCGAAUGGUUACAAAUUGAUUUGGGUAUUGCUGCUAAAAUAUCAGGUGUAUUAACUCAAGGUCGAGCUAAUAAAGAAGAAUAUGUUAUGUCAUUUAUGGUAUCAUAUAGUACUGAUGCUUUUCGAUGGCAAUAUCUUGUUGAUCGAUAUGGAAAUCAAAAAAUAUUUUCUGCGAAUACCGAUUCAUAUUCAGUUCGUCAUAAUUAUUUUGACGAACCCAUUGUUGCACGUUUUAUUAAAUUUCAUCCGAUUCAAUGGCAUUUACAUCCAUCGUUACGUGUAGAAAUUAUUGGCUGUCAAGAAUGUAAACAAUAUUUGGGUUUACCACCAUAUGGAAAAAUUAGUGCAUCAACAUCAUGGCCAUAUCGUCGACAUGCAUCAUGUCAACCUGAAGAUGGUUAUAUAAUGAGUAAUAAAGGAUGGUGUGCAAGAAAACGAUAUAAACAUGAUCAAUGGCUUGAAUUUGAUUUGGGUCAUCCAUCGAUUAUCACAUCAUUGAUAACUAAAGGUCGAGGUGAUACAUUUCAAGAUCAAUGGGUUACAAAAUAUAAAGUUUCAUUUUCAAAUGAUACACGUUUAUGGGUCUAUUAUAAAGAUAAAUCACAAAUUGAACCAAAAGAAUUUUCUGCAAAUAAUGAUCGUGAUAGUGAACGUAUACAUUUUUUAAAUGAACCAUUUUUUGCUCGAUUUGUUCGUUUACAUCCAACUGAAUGGCAUAAUCAUGUUAGUAUGCGAGCAGCUAUCUUAGGAUGUCCGCAUCAAGGUGCUUGUUUUCCAGGUUAUUUUCGUGUGAAUAGUGAAGCUCAAUGCGUGGAAAAUAUGGCAUAUAAAAAACAAACAUGGACAAAUGAUCGAAAUCGCCGUCAACAACAAAAUAUUAUUGGUGAAUCAAAACUUCGUAGUGCAAGAGAAACAAAUGGUGAUCCAUCAUUAGCUGUUGAUGGUUUAGAAGAUUCAUUAGAUUGGUCAAAAUGUGCUACAAUUGAUAAUUAUUUUGUUCGAAAACCAGUUUGGAUGGUUGAUUUAGGUCGAAUAACAAAUAUAGCUGGUGUUAUGUUACGAACAUGGCAUGGAAAUAAUAAAGCAAACAAUUUAACAACAUCAUCAUCAGUUUAUCGAGAUUAUUUAGCAAAUUUAGAGCGUUAUAAUGUUUAUGUUCAUUAUCGACCACGUCGAUAUCGUUUUAAUAAUGCAAAUUUAUGUUCAUUUAUAACACGUACUGAUCAAGCAUUAACUUCAUCAUCUCGUCUUCAUUUUCAAUGUCAACAUCAAUUACGUGGUCGUUUUGUUUAUAUUGAAGCUGAUGGUGUAACGGAUCGAUGGAAUAAACUAUUUACUGCUGUUCUUUGUGAAGUGUUUGUUUAUGAGCAGUAG